AUGCCCAUGGACGACAAAUAUAUAGGACUCGCUUUAGCGAUGUCUUCCUCGCUAGCAAUAGGUACUUCAUUCAUUAUUACUAAGAAGGGACUCAUGGACGCAUCUGCACGUAGUAGACAGGCCAAUGCGGGCAGCGGCACCGUACAGGCCACUGACUACUUGCAAAAUCCAAUAUGGUGGGGUGGUAUGAUUACCAUGGCAAUUGGUGAGAUUGCCAACUUUGCCGCCUACACUUUUGCCCCGGCUAUUUUGGUUACUCCAUUAGGUGCGUUGUCUGUCAUUAUAGGAGCUGUUUUAGCAGCAAUAUUCUUGAAAGAAGAAUUGGGGACAUUGGGGAAAAUGGGUUGCGCCAUUUGUCUUAUGGGCUCAGUCAUUAUUAUUUUGCAUGCACCACCAGACAAAGAAGUGCAAACGGUUGAUGAAAUAUUGGGCUACGCCACACAACCAGGAUUUCUAUUUUACUGCUUUGCAGUGGGGCUUUAUUCAUUAUUUAUGAUUUACAAAAUUGUGCCCAAAUAUGGAAACACUAACCCCAUGAUCUACUUGUCCAUUUGCUCUUCCGUGGGAUCUAUAUCCGUUAUGUCCAUCAAGGCUUUUGGAAUUGCAUUAAAAUUGACAUUGAGCGGUAAUAAUCAGUUUACCCAUGUGUCCACAUACUUGUUCUUGAUUGUUGUGGCAUUAUGUAUUAUCACACAAAUGAACUACUUCAACAAGGCUUUGGAUCAAUUUGACACAUCCAUUGUCAACCCAUUGUACUAUGUCACAUUCACCACAUUCACCUUAGUUGCUUCGUUCAUUUUGUUUAGAGGAUUCAACACCUCGUCGGCCGUUGACAUCAUUUCAUUGUUGAUUGGGUUUCUCAUCAUUUUCAGUGGAGUGUAUUUGCUCAAUAUUGCAAGAAAAGACGACAGUGGACAAAAUCGUGAAAUAUUUGGUGUUCACAGCUCAAAGGAUAUGGCACCACUAGACAAUGGUGUGGGUGGAUUCUCCACUGUCAGGAGAUCAAUGCAAAUCAACAGAUCUAUGGACUACGAUGAAGAAGAGAGGGUGGCUCUAAGGAGAAUCGACAGCUUCGAGAUAGACAGUGAUGGGGAGGAUGUAAGAGCUCAUAGACACUAA